GGCGGCUCCGGGAGCGGCUCCGGCACCGGGAGCGGGUCCGGGAGCGGCCCCAGCGCAGCCCCCGCGCCCCCCGGCCCACCAGGCUCCCCGUGCCCCCCGCCAUGGCGCAGACGCUGCAGAUGGAGAUCCCCAACUUUGGGAACAGCAUCCUGGAGUGCCUGAACGAGCAGCGGCUGCAGGGGCUGUUCUGCGACGUGUCCGUGGUGGUGAAGGGCCAUGCGUUCAAGGCCCACCGGGCCGUGCUGGCCGCCAGCAGCUCCUACUUCCGAGACCUGUUCCACAGCUCCAAGAGCGCCGUGGUGGAGCUGCCGGCGGCCGUGCAGCCCCAGUCCUUCCAGCAGAUCCUCAGCUUCUGCUACACUGGCCGCCUGAGCAUGAACGUGGGCGACCAGUUCCUGCUCAUGUACACGGCAGGCUUCCUGCAGAUCCAGGAGAUCAUGGAGAAGGGCACUGAGUUCUUCCUCAAGGUCAGCUCGCCCAGCUGCGACUCGCAGGGGCUGCACGGCGACGACACGCCGGGCUCGGAGCCGCAGAGCCCGGUGGCGCAGACGUCGGCGGGGCAGGGCUGGGCGCUGCCCCUGGUGUCCCGGGUGAAAACGGAGCAGGGGGAGCCCGACGGCGUCCAGUGCACCUUCGUGUUCAAGCGGCUCUGGGACGGGGGGCCCAAGGACGCCGGGGGCAACGGCAGCAGGAAAAUGGCCAAAUUCUCAGACGCCGCCACUGCAGCCCCACGCCCGCCCAACCCCCCUGGAGCCAACCUCGCCCCGGCACCCACCCCGGUGCCACCCACGGCCGACCAGACCAGCCCCGGGGGCACCUCCAGCGCCUACACGAGCGACAGUCCUGGGUCCUUCCACAACGAGGAGGAUGAGGAGGAGGAUGGUGGUGAGGAAGGCUCAGAUGAGCAGUAUCGGCAGAUCUGCAACAUGUACACCAUGUACAGCAUGAUGAACGUGGGCAUGGCAGCCUCAGAGAAGGUGGAGGCCCUGCCGGAGCAGCCCCCCCCAGAGCCCCGUGCCCGUUUCCGUGUGCGCCAGGACCUGGCGUCGUUGCCGGCCGAGCUUGUCACCCAGAUCGGGAACCGCUGCCACCCCAAGCUCUACGACGAGGGGGACCCCGCUGAGAAGCUGGAGCUCAUCACCGGCACCAACGUGUUCAUCACGCGGGCGCAGCUCAUGAACUGCCACGUCAGUGCGGGUACAAGGCACAAGGUGCUGCUGCGCCGCCUUCUCGCCUCCUUCUUCGACCGGAACACACUGGCCAACAGCUGCGGGACCGGGAUCCGCUCAUCAAGCAACGACCCCAGUCGAAAACCGCUGGACAGUCGGGUGCUGCAUGCGGUGAAGUUUUACUGCCAGAAUUUCGCCCCCGACUUCAAGGAGAGCGAGAUGAACGCAAUCGCGGCCGACAUGUGCACGAAUGCACGGCGGGUCGUGCGCAAGAGCUGGAUGCCCAAACUCAAACUGCUCAUGGCUGAGGGCGACUCGUACACCUCCUUCAUCAACGACACCGGCAAGCUGGAGCCCGACAUCAUGGGCCCAGAGCCCCCAUUUGAGGCAGGGGGGCCCGAGCCAGAGGGGGCUCCCCCUGGGGAGGGGCUGCAGUGAC